AAUGACAUCCUUUCAAGAAGUCCCAUUGCAGACUUCCAACUUUGCCCAUGUCAUCUUUCAGAAUGUGGCUAAGAGUUAUCUUCCUCAUGCACACCUGGAAUGCCAUUACACCUUAACUCCAUAUAUCCAUCCACAUCCAAAAGACUGGGUUGGUAUAUUCAAGGUUGGAUGGAGCACUGCUCGUGACUAUUACACAUUUUUAUGGUCCCCUCUUCCAGAAAAUUAUGUAGAAGGAUCAACAAUCAAUUGUGUUUUAGCAUUUCAAGGUUAUUACCUUCCAAAUGAUGAUGGAGAAUUUUACCAGUUCUGUUAUGUUACCCAUAAGGGUGAAAUUCGUGGAGCAAGUACACCAUUCCAAUUUCGAGCAUCUUCACCAGUUGAAGAAUUACUUACUAUGGAAGAUGAAGGAAAUUCUGAUAUGUUGGUUGUGACCACAAAAGCUGGCCUUCUUGAGUUAAAAAUUGAGAAGACUAUGAAAGAAAAAGAAGAACUAGUAAAGUUAAUUGCUGUUUUGGAAAAAGAAACUACACAGCUUCGAGAACAAGUUGAAAGAUUAGAAAAAGAACUUAACCGGGAGAAAGAACAAUGCGAGCAACUGCAAGCUGAGCAGAAGGGUCUUAUUGACACAUCACAAAGUUUAAAGUUGGAAAAUGAAGACUUAAAGAAGAGAUACAAUGAUGCUACAUCCAAAGCUUUCCAGUUGGAAGAAGACAUUAUGUCAGUGACAAAGAAAGCAAUUGAAAAAGAAACUGAAUUAGACAGUUUAAAGGACAAACUUAAGAAGACACAUUAUGAAAGAGAACAAUUCGAAUGUCAAUUGAAGAUGGAAAAGGAUGAGAAGGAACUUUACAAGGUACAUUUGAAGAAUAUAGAAAUAGAAAAUACCAAGCUUGUGUCAGAGGUCCAGACUUUAAAGAAUUUAGAUGGGAACAAAGAAAGUAUGAUUACUCAUUUCAAAGAGGAGAUCGGUAGACUGCAGUUAUGUUUGGCUGAAAAGGAGAAGCUGCAGAGGACUUUCUUGCUCACAAAUACUAAUAAGGAUGAUACAUUUAUAUUAAAGGAGCAACUUCGGAAAGCAGAGGAACAGGUUCAGGCAACUCGGCAGGAAGCAGGCUUUCUGGCUAAAGAACUUAGUGAUGCCGUCAGCGUUCGGGAUAAAACAAUGGCCGAUUUGCACACUGCACGCUUGGAAAAUGAGAAAGUGAAAAAACAAUUAGCUGAUGCGGUGGCAGAACUGAAACUAAAUGCUGCAAAAAAAGACAAGGAAAAGAAUGAUACACUAGAACAUGAGCUGAGAAGAGAGGUUGAAGAUCUGAAACUACGUCUUCAGAUGGCAGCAGAUCAUUAUAAAGACAAAUUCAAGGAAUGUCAGAAGCUUCAAAGACAAAUAAAUAGACUUUCAGACCAAUCAGCCAAUAUUAAUGUCUUCACAAAGAAAACUGGCAAUCAGAAUAAAGUGAAUGAUGUCUCAAUAAAUACAGACCCAGGUACUACUACCUCUACUGUAGAUGUAAAGCCACAACCUUUAGCAGGUGAGAUGAAUUGUGACAUGGCAACUAAGGGGCAAGUCUGUGAAAUGAAUAAAGAAAUUGCUGACAAAACAGAAAAAUACAAUAAAUGUAAACAGCUAUUGCAGGAUGAGAAAACAAAAUGCAAUAAAUAUGCUGAUGAACUUGCAAAAAUGGAGCUGAAAUGGAAAGAACAAGUGAAAAUUGCUGAAAAUGCAAAAUUAGAACUAGCUGAAGUACAAGAGAAUUACAGAGAACUUAUUAGGCAGAACCUAGGGAAACCAGCAGAAAGGAAAAUGGAGGACCAGCAUGCUCAGAAUUCUCCGAGGACCUCACAGCUUCUCAGCACGUGCUCAGAGCAAAAUGGUCAAGUUCCUUUGGUCCCGACUGCACAACCUGCUCUACAAUAUGGGAAUCCUUAUGCAGCACAGGAAAUAAGAGAUGGAGCAGAUGGAGCUUUUUAUCCAGAUGAAAUCCAGCGGCCACCUAUCAGAUUGCCCUCUUGGGGACUGGAAGACAACGUGGUCUGUAGCCAGCCUGCUCGGAACCUUAGUCGACCUGAUGGUUUAGAAGACCCCGAGGAGAGUAAAGAAAAUGAGAGUGUGCCCGUUGCUCUUGACCCUCCGGAUCAGCAUUUACGUGGUCAUGGAACAGGCUUUUGCUUUGAUUCCAGCUUCGAUCACAAGAAGUGUCCCCUCUGUGAAUUGAUGUUCCCUCCCAACUAUGAUCAGAGCAAGUUUGAAGAACAUGUUGAGAGCCACUGGAAGGUGUGUCCGAUGUGCAGCGAGCAAUUUCCUCCUGACUAUGACCAGCAGGGAUUUGAGAGGCAUGUGCAGACCCAUUUUGAUCAGAAUGUUCUAAAUUUUGACUAGUUUUUUUGAGCUGAGAGUUUUGCAGGUAAUGAGAACACCUUAAGUAGACAAGCAAGGAGACCAGGGUGUUGCUUUCCUGAACUUUCUUGUACUUUUCUGACCAAGAGCUAGUUUGAGUUUGGUGAUACUAGGGUCAGAGUAAAUCUUUGUCUUAUUAGUAAAUAUAAUUUAACUUCUGUUAAACUUAACUCCUUUAAGGAAAGAAGCUUUUUGUGUGUUUGUAUCUUUAUUUAUUCCUUAAUUUGCAAGAUGAUAUGACUAAAGGAAACGGAUUAUUUUGAUGUGGCACACUGAAAAAAGAGUAUGUUAUUAGCAGAAUUUCUGCAACUUUCUGUUUGCCUUUUUCAUUGAGUGUGACUACUAAAAUUCUGUAAUAAAAGGAAUGUAUCCUAACAGAUUUGAAAAGUAAUUCUUUGAAUAUAGAAGUUUCUAUAACUUAGCCCAUGCAAUCAAUGCUCUUUUAACCUUUGGAAAUGGGGAAUAAGAUUCUUUCCUUGCAGUGUAGCAACUAUCAUCAUAUCUAAAAUGUUUGCUUUAGGAAUAGAAGGCUUAUUUUGCAGAUAUUAUGACAAAAAUAUGUAGAAUAAUGUGAAUGAUUAUUUUUAAGGCAUCUUGAAAUCAUAGCUAAAGGAGAAAAUGGAACAAGAUAUGUUAGUACUAUUGCUUUACAUCUGUCAUAAAAUCACACAAGAUGUAUCUAUAUCACAUUUUGCUGAUGACAUUUUUCAUAAGUGAUUAAACAUUUAAUGCAUAAACUCAAA